UCACGGCGGUGAGCUUCAUUCCAGUGCACAAACCGAGCGAAGCAGACGAUCCUCACGCAGCAGCCAACACUGAUAAAUUCGCUCAGGGAAUACAUAUUUUGAACGGCGCGGCGGUGUCUUUACAGGAAUACCACUUGAUCGCGGACGCAUGUGAGAGGAGUGCACAUGCCUGACUGGGACUGUACACCAUGGCUCUGACACAAGUGCGGCUCUCUCUGCCUCUGCUCCUCUGACCACAGAGAAAGUCUCUGGAUCUCCUCGCGAAGGCGGUUGUUUCUUUUUUCACCCACUGACUAACAACGAAAUAUUGUUGGACAUAUUCUCCGGAUGGUGGCCGCGGAAUGGACUACCUGUUCUCAGCCGAGUAGCUCACUACGCGGGGAAAGGACUGGGAGAUUUGCGCCCGUUGCCUUUUCUCUGGUUUUUAGAAGGCGCGUUGGAGAUCACUGAAAAUCGAGACGGGCUGCUAUAUUCACACGUUUUACACCGAGGGUGUUAUUUCCUCCGAACACUCACCUUUACGUGUUUUGGUGAAUGGGGGUAACUCUGGUCCUGGAGGCUUGACAACGCUGGGACUGGGACCGCACUGGGUGCGUGGAGCGUGGGAUCACCCAGGAUUGUGUUUCCCUCCCCUCUCUCGUGGGUCUGUUUACAUGUCCGACCUGACUGCUUUAUGACAAUGGAUUACUUUCUGCUUUUAUGCAGCCUCUUGCUGCCAGUGGUGUCCGCCGUAGAAGAGACGCUGAUGGACACAAAGUGGGCCACGACAGAAUUAGCCUGGACUGCACACCCUGAGACCGGGUGGGAAGAGGUGAGUGGCUACGAUGAUACCAUGAACCCCAUCCGGACGUAUCAAGUCUGCAAUGUACGUGAGGUCAACCAGAAUAACUGGCUACGCAGUGACUUCAUCCCACGAAAGGAUGUGCUGCGUGUAUAUGUGGAGAUGAAAUUCACAGUACGUGAUUGCAACAGCAUUCCAAACAUCCCCGGUUCCUGCAAAGAGACCUUCAACCUCUUCUACUAUGAAUCUGACUCGGACUCAGCCACAGCCACCAGCCCUUUCUGGAUGGAGAACCCUUAUGCAAAGGUGGAUACCAUUGCCCCAGAUGAGAGCUUUUCUAUGCUUGAGUCUGGGCGGGUAAACACAAAGAUUCGAAGUUUUGGGCCAUUGUCAAAAGCCGGGUUCUACUUGGCCUUCCAGGAUCUUGGUGCUUGCAUGUCGCUCAUCUCAGUGAGGGUCCUUUACAAAAAAUGCUCCACCACCAUUGCCAACUUUGCCGUUUUCCCUGAGACAGCAACUGGGGCCGAGGCAACCUCCUUGGUCAUUGCGCCAGGAACUUGUGUCCCCAACGCUCUGGAGGUGUCUGUGCCAUUGAAGCUCUAUUGCAAUGGAGAUGGUGAAUGGAUGGUUCCUGUAGGAGCCUGCACUUGCUCGUCUGGCUUCGAACCAGCAAUAAAAGAUACCCAAUGUCAAGCUUGCAGCCCUGGCACCUUUAAAUCCAAACAAGGAGACAGCUUCUGCUUGCCCUGUCCAGCCAACAGCCGUGCCAGCUCAGGAGCCUCCAGUGUUUGCUCCUGUAGAAACGGUUACUACCGCUCAGACACCGAUUCUCCCGACUCCCCCUGUACCACUGUUCCAUCUGCACCACGCAGUGUCAUCUCCAGCGUGAACGAAACCUCACUUGUGCUGGAAUGGAGCGACCCGCGUGACUUGGGUGGCCGCGAAGACAUCUUAUACAACGUCAUCUGCAAGAAGUGCCUGCCUGAACGGGGAAUGUGCUCGCGGUGUGACGACAACGUCGACAUCUCGCCCCGACACCUGGGCCUGACCCAGCGCCGCGUGGCCAUCCGUAAUCUACAAGCCCACACGCAGUACAGCUUUGAGAUCCAGGCGGUCAACGGUGUUUCCAACAAAAGCCCUUACACACCUUUGUUCUCUGCAGUGAACAUCACCACAAAUCAGGCUGCUCCCUCUGCAGUGCCCACAGUUCACCUGAUGGCAGCCACAGCGAGCACCAUGAGCCUGUCCUGGCUGCCUCCAGAGAAACCCAACGGAAUCAUUCUAGAUUAUGAGAUUAAGUACCAUGAGAAGGAUCAGAAUGAGCCCAUUGCUCAUACCAUGACUGCACAACGGAGCAACGCCCGCAUUGAAGGUCUCAAGGCUGGUACACCCUAUGUGGUACAGGUCCGUGCCCGGACAGUGGCCGGUUACGGACGUUACAGCAGCCCAGCUGACUUCAGCACCAACUUGCAAACCGAUCCACCAAAGUCAUGGCAGGAGCAACUGCCACUCAUCGUGGGAACAGCCACCGCCGCCUUCGUCUUCAUUAUUGCAGUUGUGGUCAUCGCUAUCGUCUGCCUCAGAAAGCAGAGAAACGGCUCAGAGUCAGAGUACACAGAGAAACUGCAGCAGUACAAAUCCCCUAUAGUAACACCCGGAAUGAAAGUCUACAUUGACCCCUUCACCUAUGAGGAUCCCAACGAGGCUGUGCGCGAGUUUGCCAAGGAGAUUGACGUCUCCUGCGUGAAGAUCGAGGAGGUCAUCGGCGCAGGUAACCCACCAAAGCUCCUGAGCUACAGGGGGAAGACUGCUAGUCACCUCCAGGCCAUACCGUUAGAGGACUUCACACCAAGCGGAGAGUUUGGGGAGGUGUGUCGAGGUCGCCUAAAGCUGCCUGGGCGCCGGGAGAUCAUCGUAGCCAUCAAGACUCUGAAAGUGGGUUACACUGACCGCCAAAGGCGAGACUUUCUGUCUGAGGCAUCCAUCAUGGGCCAAUUUGACCAUCCCAACAUUAUCCGUCUGGAAGGUGUGGUCACCAAGAGUCGGCCAGUGAUGAUUGUGACUGAGUUCAUGGAGAAUGGAGCGCUGGAUUCUUUUCUACGGCUCAAUGAUGGGCAGUUCACAGUGAUCCAGCUUGUUGGCAUGCUGCGUGGUAUUGCAGCAGGCAUGAAGUACCUGUCAGACAUGAACUACGUGCACAGAGACCUGGCUGCCCGUAACAUCUUGGUCAACAGUAAUCUAGUGUGUAAGGUGUCUGACUUCGGCCUAUCUCGUUUCCUCGAGGAUGACCCUACAGACCCCACCUAUACCAGCUCCCUGGGAGGGAAGAUACCCAUUCGCUGGACGGCUCCCGAGGCGAUUGCCUACAGGAAGUUCACCUCGGCCAGUGAUGUGUGGAGCUACGGCAUCGUCAUGUGGGAAGUGAUGUCGUAUGGCGAACGGCCGUACUGGGACAUGAGCAAUCAAGAUGUGAUAAAUGCAGUGGAGCAGGACUAUCGACUGCCCCCACCCAUGGACUGCCCCACAGCACUGCACCAGCUCAUGUUGGACUGCUGGGUCAAAGAGAGGAACCUGCGACCCAAAUUCACCCAGAUUGUGGCCACACUGGACAAACUUAUUCGUAAUGCUGCCAGCCUCAAGGUGCUCGCCAACAGCACACAGUGCACUGGGGUAUCCCAGCCCUUGCUUGACCGCUGUGUGCCAGACUAUACCACUUUUACCACUGUGGGGGACUGGCUGGACGCCAUCAAGAUGAGUCGCUACCGUGACAACUUCGUCAAUGCCGGAUUUGCUUCCUUUGACCUGGUGGCCCAGAUGACAGCAGAGGACUUGCUGCGGAUAGGUGUAACGCUGGCCGGCCAUCAGAAAAAGAUUCUUGGUAGCAUUCAGGACAUGAGACUACAGAUGAACCAAACACUUCCUGUCCAGGUGUGAGCGACAGGACAAACAGACCGAUGCAGUCGAAGGACAGCCAGACAGGAAAAGGGGGAGGAACUGUGCCAGAGAGAGCCAUUGGAAAACCCUAGCUGCCUGACCCAUCUCUGCCAAUUAGACGCUAUGAAACUGGCUUGCAGUGCCUCUGACCAUUUUUAUUCUCGUUAUUUCACUACCACUUCCAUUUCCUGUUUCCAUUUCCUGUUCCUGCUUUUUUUAAAUUCCUCAUUGUUUCUUUUUGCAUCCAAUCAGAAUUUGUGUGUUUUGAAAGAGGAGCAAGAGUUACCCCCCUUAUAUUCCAUGCGUGCCUCACCAGCUCUGGUGUGGGUUGACGUUUGCAUGCAUGUGUGUCUUAGUGAGGUUGGCCUUAGCCCUGUAACUGAAAUGUCACACUCUGAUCCUCACUCGAGAGCCCCUCCCUGUGACCUCUCAACCCAGCUUUGAUGGACGGAACACAUAGUCAAGAAUGAACACCCUGGUAUAAAAAAAAGUGAACAAAAGGUUCACAAACAAGAAACACAAAACAAAAAGCAGAGGUGUUUCGGACCCACAGGAGAUAGAGGACAAUUUUUUCCCUGAUAGUAGUUGUUUUACUGUGCACGUGUGUGUCAUUCUCCAUCUUCAUAUUGAAGGUGUGUAACAUUAAAGGGCACUUGCUGGAGAAGGUUGAGGUAGUGGAAGAGGAUGUAUGAUUGCUGAGAUCAAAGGUCAAGAAGACAGGGUCAAAUAAGGUCAAAGGAGGGCAGUCACAUUUUUGGACACUUGUUUUGGCUGCUGAAUCCUCAAAAGGUCACCAGAUGUCCUCUUUGCCCUGACCUGAAGGGACUCAGGAUAGCUCCAGAGCUUGGGAUCAUCUGCUCAUCAAGUGUGUUUUUACAGAAACAUUUUUUUUAAUUUUUGUUUGUCCACCACCUUUUUUUAAAAUCUUUUUGGCUUUCUUACACAUUUUUGGGAGAUUUGUGGUUUCAAAAUGGCCGGUCAAACACAAGUACCCUAACUGGACACUUUAUGUGAUUAAGGGGAGACAAGGACUGUGGCAACACUAAAGAAAGACCACUGGGCCUUUUGUGUGUGUUUUUGUAUGUGUGCGUACGCAUGUGUGCGUAUAUGUGUGAUUUAGUGUGCUUGGAUGUUUGGGUAUGUCAAGUUGCACACAAGUAUACUGUACAAUACAGCUUCCGCUAUUUGCCACCUUGGAGAAUUACCGCAUGAACUGAACCGUGACAAGGAGCAAAUAUAUCUGAAACAAUUACGCUAUAUUCUGUGGACACCUGCUAAACAUUAUUUUUUAUUGAAUCCAACAAAUUAGGAUAUAUAUAUAAAUAUAUAUAUAAUUCUAUAUAUUUAUAUAAUGAUAUAUAUAUAUAUAUAUACAUGUAUAUAUAUAUAUAUAUAUAUAUAUAUACAUUUAUAUAUAUAUACAUGUAUAUAUAUAUACAUGUAUAUAUUAUAUAUAUAUAUGCAGAAAUUGAGAGAAACCACGAGGGACACCUUAUGUUCUACGUAUUAUAAUCUGGAUUUAGAAACAAUCAAAUUUCUUUGUUUAAUUUCUUGACAUCCUGCCCUAUGUAUUUAUUUGUACCUUGCCCACCAACCCCCACUUCCCACCAACACCCAGAUGGACUGUAUUUGGUAAGGACUUGAAACAAUCAGAAGGAAGAUAAACUCCAAGAGGAUUCACCUUAUGAAUUGCUGAUUAUUAAACAAAAGAAAUUGCAUAUAAAUUGGAUAUUGUAUUUUUGUUGUUGUUCUAAACAGCCUGUACAUGUUUUGUAACAAAAAUACGAUAAAUAUCAAAAGAAAAAUUGUGUUUUGACAAAAUGGAAUUGUUGUUGUGACGUGUGAAUUCAGAGUGAAUUUAACAGAACGUAGAGAAUGGGUAAAGUCAAGAGGUAGAGAGGAACAACACCCAUGGUUAGAUAACAUGCCACCCAUUGGUCCAUUGUUGUGUGAGUGUAUUUGCGUGUUUGUCCAACAUGAACUGGAUAUUAAGCUUCCCCAAUCUAUUCUCAUUCAUCUGUGAAGCACUGAGCAGUUCUUCCCGGCACAUUGUCCUUCUUUUUUUAUCCAAACGUCCUUUAAAUCACUCACAUGUUGGUUACAUAGGUUUUAAUUUCACCUAUUCAUGACGAGGAUGGAUGGUCCAGGGAUGAUCAUUUCAAUUGCCAUAGAGGGCGGAGCUCCACAGCUAGACCCGCUGUUUGCCCCCCUGCAACAGGAUCCUCAUCAGAGAGUCCAGAGCUGUCAAGAGAAACCUAUUGGUCUCUGUCUGUCAGCUCGAUUAAUGCGGCAGCCAAUCUGGCAUUGCGAGGAUACGAGUAUGCAGUGAGCGCAGACAUACGGCUGGCUGACCUAUCAUUAUCUCUCUUCAUUUCCUGUUUGGCCUGCAAUCAUCCUGUCUCAGCUCAGGCUGCUGCGUGAUUAGUACAGUUCAGGACCAACAGCCCUGGCAUGCAGAAAGACAAAAUCUGCAGACCCCUUCAUCCUAAAUGAUAGCAGCUGCAUCAUGGACACCGUACCAUUUGCACUUCUAACAGAGGGGUGUUUGAAGGUGUUUGGAUUAAGGGAUGGAGCAACAUCACUGGAACAGUCUCCACAUUGAUUGGGUUGGAGCUGAUCAAUGCAAUAUGUGAAUAUUAUUAUUAAUAUCAUUGAUGUGUAAUAAUAGCGAGAUGCAGUGUGUCUUCCCAUAUUACUUUUGUCAGCCUCUCAAGUCCCUUCAAAAGCCAUGGAGGAUAUUAUGUAAAACAACAAGGUUUUUCAGUUUGAUAUCAUUUCAUCUUAUUCCACAUACUAACCCGUGUUACUAACCCGUAACAUUUGUGGUACACAAUCAAGUAGUAAUUUAACUGUUGUGAACACAAACUAUACCAUAUCAUAUCCCUAAAUUGUUGUCAGCUCAGACUUUUCAAACGAUGGCAGAUCAGAAGCACAGGUAACGUCAGAGUUGGUCUCGCAAUAGAAAAGUAAAGAAAUCCGUUAGAUUAGAUUAUUUUGUUUCUCCCCCAAGCAAAACGUAAUUUUGUUCUGAAAAAAGUGACAGAGUCUACUUUUUGAGACAAGAGAAGAGCAGAAUUAAUGCAGUCAGAAGCUCACUUUCACCAAAAGUCUCCCGGGAGUAUGCAAUACCACUCUCUGCUGCCCUCAGCUCAAUCAUUGAAUCAGCUAAGCCCCUCUGUUGCAAAGUUGCCUGUGGCACCAAAAAAGAAAAAGUUGAUGAGCAUAACCAUAAAGCAGGAGGGGCAUAUGGGGGAUAAAUACAAUCAGAUGGCAGACGUGCCCACUCUUAAAAAUGUCAGCGCUUUGCAGCCGACAUGAACUAUUGAUGAGGUGCACAUGGUGCGCUGGGGUCUGGAGUUGUGUUCACUAAAGUCAACCGGCCGUGAGUGAUGAGCUCAAACGGCACUGUUGCACAUCUUAAAAUGAUUAAACUUCUCCCACUUCAACUGCAAACAAUUAUUCUUUAACUGGAUUCCUCACACAUUUCUGCGAGUGUUUAAUAUUUCAAAUUCACGGACAGGAAAGAAAUUUCUGACAGAACCCAUUGCUAAAAUGAAGACGGACUGUUAUGUGUGUGUGAGAGAGUGUGUGAAAUAGAAGGAUUGACAUUUUUUACAGACACUUUGAUCACCAGAGGUUAGCCUUUGUCAGAUGUGGUUGUCUCUUUGUGUGCCAAUAGGAUUCAAACCUUCCUUCCACCUUUCUCUCCCUAUUCUACAUCCUCCAAAGACCGACAAACACCCCCACCUUUCCCGAAACUCCAUCAGUUACAACUUUCUAACCUUAUUUUCUUCAGUUGUCUAUUCAAAAAAAGUAUAUACAGUACUGUCUUUUCUUCUGUCUUAUAACAAGCUCACUCUACAUCUGUCUUUUAGCCACUUUUGAAAAUCCCCUCUUUAUCCAAGGAAGUGUGAUGUUUCAGAGAGUACUGUAAAUGUAUCGUGAUCUGCGAGAAGGACGGAGCAAAGCGCUGAGGAAUGCAAUUGUUGAUUCCUCUUUGAAAAGCAUUAAGAUGUAUUUAAUGCUGCAGACAUACACAACAAAUUACUAAAAAUAAUGAUGAUGCAUUCUUGUAGAAAUAUUUUUAAAAUACCCUUUUGCAAUUAAAUUAUUUAAGAAAUGUGA